UGCCAUGACAACCCGUCUUCUUUUUUCCGUAUCAGAAGAGACGGCAUGUAUAGAAGUCCAGGAAAAUACUGCGCACUUUUAAAAUUACAAAACAGCCUGCAUAUCGCAAUAAAAACUGUCUUGCUAAACGGUUCCAGCUACGUAGGGACUUGUUUUACUACCGAGAGUCUCUGCCUUUGAGUAAGAGCAGCGCUAACGAUGGAAACCCCGCUGGAAGAAGAGACUUCCGUCGGUGCCUCGGCGAUAAAUGCAGGGCCGGAGCACAGAGAGGAGUUGAAAGCAUCUGACCAAGCUCUCGCAUUUAUGGCCAGCAUUGAGCCUGCAGAGCUGCAGAAGUGUGUGUUUCCAGACUCUCUGGUGACUGUAUCAGAGGGCGGCAGAGACCUGGGGAAGUUCACUGUGACAGUGGAGUUUGCCUGUAGAGUCCAGCGUCCCUGUCUGCUGCUACGUGCUCAGAGCCAAGGAGCCAUUGAUGAUGCCCCUUGUGGAACAAUUGUCACAGUUUACCUGUCUACUGACCUGGAGGUGCUGGAAGAAGAUUACCAUGAGUAUGUGAAGCUUGAAGACCACAGUUUGGACAAGAGGUGUCACAUGGUGCAGCAUGACGGGCAGAUGGUGAUCAAUAAGGUUACUACUAUAGGAGAGGAGGUGAUGAAGGAGAGUGUUUCUUAUCCUAUGUCUGCUUUAAGAGGGCUAGUAACAGAGGGUUCCAACUUGCUGUUGAUGCGUCUGAUCGCUCUGAGGAAGAUGGUGCCAGAACACAUGACCUUCAUCUCUUUCGACCAGGGGUUAUACAUAACCCACACCAUCUUUAGUGAGCUGGGUCUGAAGCAGCUGGAGGUUGACGGUGAGGCUGUGGAGGUAUUUGGGGUGGAGAGGACUGUUCACUCUGUGGAGGACAGCCCCACCAUCUGGCAGUGCUACUUCUUGGAUGAUGGGCACUUGGCCAACAGAGUGCAGGUGGGAUCACCAGUCACCAUGAGGCUCCUGCAGCUGCCAUCACACCUAGAAAAAGGUUUUGAGAAAAUCCCCCUGGUAUGGGAAGAAGACAUGCAGAUGCGAUCCAUGUUACUGGACAGAAAGGAAGAACUGAUGGCGGACCAUGCCUCUUACCUUAGACAACAUCCAGAGAUCCGUGCCCUCAUAUCUGACUUCCUGCAGUUCUUGCUGUUGAGGAAACCAGACAAUGUCUUCCAGUUCGCUAGAGAGUAUUUCCAGCCUUUUGCCUCCCACCAUACUCCAGAACAAUGUCUGAAAGCCCACUCAUUCUGAAUGCACACUCAAGGACACAUCUCACAUACUUAAACACCAGUUGCUGUUUCUUAUUUUGAAAUUUAGAAACUGCAUUUGUCAGUGUUAGUGACAGUGGUUUUAAAGGAAACAUGGUGGAGAUUAGCAAUAUCUUCCACAAAACUGAGACUUCAUCUAAGCAGUGUGUUUUUGCCAAAUAAAGUGGUUUGCUGGAGGUCAAGAGUGUGUGGUUUUGGUUUU